AUGCGUCUGGCCUACUCCGUUGCUACCGCUCUCGCCGCUGUUUUCGCUUCCAGUGGCGCGGAUUCGACUGGUGUCACGGCGAAUGCUCUUCCCGAGCCCCACGUCUCUCUUGUGGCCCGCGUGAUGGACAGCAACGCCUACGACACGGACCCGCAGAGGCUUCUGCGACAGUCUUUUGGCGAUGAUGAUUCGACGCUGUCUGUAGACCGUGAGGAGAGAAUCAACACUGCACAUGUCUCCGACAUAGCUGGGCCGAUGACUGGAGAAAUUGCUACAAGUGGCUUCCUUGCGAGAGCGUUGGACCAAUGGGCAUUUCGGUCGGCCCGCUACGGCCAAGUUCUUGGGAACUUUAAGGAACAGCACAAGAUCCUGGGAAAGCCGCUUAAGUGGUGGGAUGAGAUAAUGAAGCGGCUGUCUAAUAGAUCUUUCAUUGAUAAGUUCACAAAAUGGGCGAAGAGUUUGAAGGUCGAAGGUAAAUCGAUCGGUGACCGCUUUACGCAAGCUUUUCAGAAGUACACGCAAACCGCAACGAAAGGCGCUGCAGAUGUAGUGGAUGGUCAAGCGGUAUGGACUCGUUUGGAUGAGUGGGGCGGAAAGGUCGCCGACGACGCCUCGUUGUAUAUAACGAAUGCCCUGAAGACGAUGGACGAAAGUAAGCAGCUUGCAGUGAUUAAAAUCAGUGUCAAUGCUGUCGCUGGCGACUUAGCCAAACUCAAGGCCACGUGGAAGAAAGAAUACGAACCACAGAAAGAUGUGACUUCGAUCGAAUUGGCAUACUCGAAGUUUGACUCCACGCGGAUCGAUAUCCACAAUCACCUCAAAACGGUUAUAGAUGAUCUUUCGAAAGUGGGCGAGGACAAGGUGGCCGGUGUACUCAAGACCAACUUCAAAUCGCUUGAUGAUUUUUUCGAGGGCCUGAAGUUUCCCGCGUUCAAGAAAUUUGCAGAGGGGGAUGGAACCGCGGCUGCAGCUCUUCCUACGGUAAAGCUGCCAGAACCUCUUCCCGGUAGCCCGCUUGGAACACCUGGGACGCCCAAAGACAGCAACCCCAAGGUCGAGUAG